GCAUGGCGGCAGGCAGGCAGGCAAGGUGCUGGAGUCAUAGCUGAGAGCUUACAUUCUGAUGCACAAGCAGGAGGCAGAGACACAGAACUAAUGGGGGAUGGAAAAGACUUUGGAAACCUCAAAGCCUACCCGCAGUGACACACCUCCUCCAACAAGACCACACUGCCUAGUCCUUCCCAAACAGUUCCACCAACCAGGGACCAAAUAUUUAAAACCUACGAGCCUAUGGGGGUUAGUACCAGCCAAACUACCACAGACAUCAACCUUGGGUGUCGUACUCAGGGGCUGUUCACCUUGAUUUUUGAGGCAGCAUCUCUCAUUAGGACGUGGGGUUCACCAAUUCCAUGAGUCGUGUCAGCCAGUGAGUUUUUAAUCUUGUGCCUGCACACUUAGAUUAAAAGCAUGCACCACCAUGCUUGGCAUUUUAUGUGGGUGCUGGGGUUUGUGCUCAGGUCCUCAUGCUCAUACAGGAAAUGUUUUACCAACUGAGCCAUCUCCCCAGCUCCCAUAUAGAAACAGUUCAUUGGCUAAUUAAUUGAAGUUUUCUUUCUCGGGUUAAAAGUAGCUGUUUCCAUUGCAUCCCAAAGUGCCUAGCUCUCCUGAUGGAGACAUGUAAGCACAGCCAGCAGCCUGGAAUGUCCUGGGAGGGUAAGAAUAGCCACACAGAGAGACGACUCCUGCUCCCGAGCCCCACAGUUGUCUGGGGUGGUGUCUCAUUGGCAAGCAGCUUAGGGCUGCCUCAGUGUGGAGACGGGAGACCUGACCUGCCAGGCCUGGGAGCACAUCUUUAUUUCCACAGCUUGGCACUCACCUUGAAGUCUGAUGUAGAAAAAAAAUGUAUUGAUUUUUUUUUUUAAACAUCCUUGGGGUACACAGACCUCUCAACCCUCCAGCAGCCCAGGCCUGUGGCUUUCUGCAAGCAUGGAGAACUUGGACUUGUUGGGGUUUCUCAUUAUCACCUUAAACUGCAACAUGACCAUUGUGGGCAUGCUCUGGCUGGUCGUGGCGGUCCUGCUGAGGAUGCUGGUGGUGGUCUUGGCAGGGUCCCCUAUCUACCAAGACGAACAGGAGAGGUUUGUUUGCAACACCCUGCAGCCAGGAUGUGCCAACGUCUGCUACGACCUCUUCUCUCCAGUGUCGCCGCUGCGGUUCUGGCUGGUGCAGAGCCUGGUGCUGCUCCUGCCUUCCGCAGUCUUUGGUGCCUACGCCCUGCACCGCGGCGCGAAGCUGGCUGCGGAGGGAGCCUGCAGGCCCCGGGUCCCAGACCUGUCUGCCGCCUACCUGGUGCACCUGCUGCUGCGCACGCUGCUCGAGGCUGGCCUGGCUUCCCUGCAUUACUUGCUCUUCGGCUUCUUUGUGCCCAACCGAGUUUCUUGCUCGCGCGUGCCCUGCUCAGGGGCUGUGGACUGCUAUGUGUCGCGGCCCACGGAGAAGUCCCUCCUGAUGCUGUUCGUGUGGGCCGUGAGCGCGCUGUCCUUCCUACUCAGUUUGGCCGACCUGCUUUGCAGCCUGAGGAGGACACGGAGGACCACACAGGGGGUGAAGGGCGAGGCCAGACCGGUCUGCGAAGUCCCCACACUUCCCCCUGGUCUCUUACAGGACCCCCAGGGCUGCCAGAGCCAUGGUCAAGUGGACCGUGGGGGCGGGCAGGAGGAGCAGGGUGUGCCUGAGUUCCCCAGUGUGUGGACAGCAGGGCAGGACGGCGACAUCCACGUUGGUCAGGCCAGUGUGUCAGGGCGGGCGGGGCAUUCAGACCAAGAUGAUAGUGAGGCCACUUCCUCAGCUGGUGACAGGUUAGCUGUGGCUCACACAGAGCAUGAGUUCAGAUCCCAGAGAGAGCCUUCUCUGGACCUAGGGGGCAAAAACACUCAGUCAGGUGAGCUCCCCUUGGUCACCCAGAGCCACCUGGCCAGGCACUGUUUGGGCCAGCCUCUGGCUCCUGGUAGGCUGGCUACCUCCGGCAGCGCCCCUCACCUGAGAACCAAAAAGUCUGAGUGGGUGUGAAGACAGCCACGCAGAGCCCACUUACCCUUUCCUCAGUACGGUGCAGAGGUCCCUUCAUCUUGUGUUCUUGCUGAGACCAUUUUAGGUUUAACUAGAAAUGUGAUCUCCUUGAUGUAGAAUGUCAUAGAAAAUUACCCAACACUAUUCUAGGAACCUGAGGUCAAGAUGCUCCAGCAAACUUAACUUCUGUUAAACUGCCUGCGUGUGCAGACCUCCCCCUAUACCCACCCACUUAGCUUAGCUUUUAUUAAACUGCUUGUUUAAGCAAAACCUCCUCCUGCAAUUGCAGACCAAAAUACCAAGAUGUGAGUUUUGCCUUUAAAAACCCCUUACCCUAAAAACUCAGGGCUACACUUGGGUCGCAAAUACCUGGGUAUAGUCUCAGCCAGCUGUAAUAAAGACUUUCAGUUGGCUAUAAAUUGUGUCUGAGUGGUCAUCUCUGGCAGGCUCCCCAGAAUGGGAGCAGGCUGUGCCUAUGAAGCUAAAAUCCUACAGUGAGGGAUCAGAACCUGAGAUUUGCUCCACAAAGACAGCAUGCACUUCAGCCACUGGGUGGGUGCCACAGGAGGAGGCAACAUUCUCAGCAAGGGAUCAAAGCUCCCUUCACUCAUCUGGACUUCAGUUUUCUCCUUUGAGUGAUGAGGGACCUAGACUAGGGUGUUCUUUGUUGCUCUUCCAAUUGAAGACUCUGCCAGAGUAUGGCCAUUGGUUAUGCUAACAUUCUAAGGAUUGCAAGUAGUCUUUCCAGCUUGCUGAAUGCCCAGCAUAGCUUUUGAUAGGCUGAGCUUUAAUAGCAAAAAAAAGUCUGUGUUGCUAUAAUAAAAUACC